GUCGAGGUGGAGGAUCCGCAGCCAAUCAGAUCGCGUCAUCUUGGAGCGACGCUGAAGCAGCACUGCGAGGAAAACAAGCCGCUACGGGAAACAGUCGCUGAGAGAGGCAGAAACCCUCCAACUGUCGCGUUGUUUUCAGUGAUGUAGAGACAAAGGACUGAGUUGCUGUGUAAUAAAAACAGGACCCAUGACCCUGACUCGAGGCUCCUUCAGCUACUCCAAUGACGAGGAGUACCACGGCGAAUGGAAAGAAGGUCUGCGUCAUGGCCUGGGUCAGCUGACCUUCAGCGACGGGACGUGUUACACGGGACAGUUUGAGAACGGCCUCUUCAACGGCUGCGGGGUGCUGGUCUUCCCCGACGGCUCCAGGUAUGAAGGUGAAUUUGUUCAGGGCAAAUUUCAGGGCGCCGGUGUCUUCACUCGCUUCGACGGAAUGAGGUUCGAGGGCGAGUUUAAAGGCGGAUGUGUGGAUGGCUACGGAGUGCUGGCGUUUCCAGACGCAGGCGGCGGCGGCGGCGGUCAUGAGGGCCUGUUUGAAAACAACCAGUUGACGAGGAUGGAGAACAGCCAGGCAGCUGUGCAGAGAGCGCAGGCUGCAGCCGCCAAGGCCCGAGCUCUGGCCAUGUGACCCAGACCACAUCACCCACUGUGCACCCGGACCAGGAUCAUCCUGCUCCCAUCAGCCUCCUCCUGGUCUGACCAGCUGACGAUGUGAUUUCUGCAGUAUUCUUCUCUGGAGUAGAACUCAGUGACUCCGCUAAUGUGUGACCACUGUAUACAAUUUUUUAAUCUUUAUUUUAAUUUUAAUUUUUUCUUCAUUAUUUUUAUUAUUAUUGUUGUUAUUUUUGCCUCUGAUCAGAAAGCCACUGAUUCAGGAUCAGCUGAGCCAAACGGAUUAACUGCUCGCUCAACACUCUGGUGCUUCAGGCUCAGAUAACCAGACAAAACAGGACUUUGGAUUCAGAGGUGCACACGGGAGUUUUCCAGUAAACACUGAUUUGGUGGCCACCAGACGUCUGAUUUUAAAUUGGAUGAAAACUGGUUAUAAACUCUUCAGAUAGUUCAGUUUGUACAGUUUGUAAUCUUUCUUAUCCCUCACUGAUUCUAAUUAGGUUCAGUUUUCAACAUUUGCAGGUAGUUAAAAGUUAUAAAUAACUAAAACUCAUCUAGACUGCCGCCUGAGAAAGGGGAACUUUUUUAAUGGCAGCCUAAUUAAUGUUUACAGCCUGAAAAUGAGACGAGUAGCAGAAGAUGGAAACGCGUCUGACACGUCUGAAAUAACAGCUGCACAUUUCUUAGGUUCCACACUUUAUCAUUAACACGCUGCUUUCCUGAACGCCACAACAGCUACGAACGUUUAAAAGACUGUGACUCACAGAAGAUUGACGACUGAUGGGACGCUGGCUGCACCGAAGCAUAAAAACCGUUUUCAUUUCGCCGUUUGAUUUACUUACUUACAGAAUUAAGUUGUCAUUUUAACCUGUGAAAUCGAUGGCGAGCGCAGGCUAAAGCUGAGAAGCCCGCUCAUGUCGCCUGAAUUAUUUGCACAUUAACAGACAAGGUUUGAUAAGAGAUUGAUUAGCGUCAGAGUUUAAUGAAUCUGGGAAUUUUGCCAACUGGGAACUGGAUCCAAAAUCAGACUGACAUCCUGAACUCAACUCAGCAGCAUUUAAAUGACCACUUAGGACCUGCUUCACACUGAAACGUAGUCAUUUGACAGGUAAUUUACCCCCCAAAGUUUGGUCGUUUGGUCCUAACUAUAGGGAAACACCUUCAGUUAAUUAAUUCCAAUUAGCUCCAGUUUUCCUUUUCCGAACGUCGGGUCUGAGCUCAGAGGGCGAACAGAUUGCCGAACCCUCUGAGGAGGAGGAGGAGGAGGAGGAGGGGACGGCGGUGCUGUGAAACCCAGACGAGAUGCCUGCCGAGCGACAGGCCGUUUGAGACAGCUGAAAGUCGGGUAUUUUUAACCAGACAGCACGACAACGUCCAGACGAGUAUUUUAAAUCAGAUCGUCACGCUUUCCUAAAACCCAACCAGACUUUCAGAGCAGAACAGCCUUGUGGCAACAUAAAAGUGAAAUCACAUUAUUUAAACAUAUUAUUUAAAGUUUAUUCUGCUUAGGGUUUCCUGUCGCUGCUGUUUAUAAACCUGACACAACUGACCAAACCUCCAUCAGAAAUAUCUUAAAUGGCUGAACCUUUAACACAAAAUACACGUUUUUAUCCAAAAGACUUCAGUUCACUUAAAAUAAUAAAAUCUUACUUUCCUUUUAGGCAGAUUUCACCCCUUUUUGACUUAAUCCAAACAUAUUUUAGCCUUCAGACUUCCGGAUCAGUGCUUACUGGGUCUCCUGCCUCGUUGUUAACAUUUGCUCUGACAUGUGACCUCUCGCUGGUGCUCGAGUGUUUGCUCUCCGUUAGUGAAACGGGCCUAAAGUGACUGUGAGCAGCGUCGUCUUUUGUUGUUUUCUUUCUUCCACUCAGUGCCGUUACAUCUCAGUCUGAUCGCAGAUCAGCGGGAUCAUCCCCCUCAGUGCCAACCACACAGUGCCAACAGGCUGCAGCUGAUCUGGAGUCAGUGGCUCGUCACGGGGAGGAAGCUGGGGGGGUGUAGCGGACGGAGGUGAGCGGAGCAGGGGAGGGGGGUGGAAAUGCCUGCAGUGUCCAGGGUGCAGUAAUGAGUGCAAUUUCUGCUUCUGGAGCUGCAAUUUGAUAAUGACGUGCAAUUUCUGCCCGAAAGCAAGAUUUCCCUCUCGGCGUGUUUUACCUUGGGAGAUGAUUGGCUGGCUGCUUUGUGUGCACGAGAGGCUUUGUGGGUCAGUGGGAGGCUCAUCUGAUGAAGCGGAGUCUGGGCGUCAAACGGCUCUCUGAACCGGACGGGUUUCAUUCCAGAAAUACGUGCGAAGGGCCUUUUUUUCCACGUCGAUAUUUUUAAAAACUCUUGAAUCUUGUAAGAAAAAAUAUUUUUUUUAAAAAACAGGAACCCACGAUGUGCUUUACCUUAAAGUCAGGAUUCAUUUACCAAAACCAAGACUUGAAGUUUUUGGCGCGUUAGUGGAAUGAAACCCCGUCCUUCACCUGGUGCACUUCUCACCUGGGAAACCUGGGAAACCUGGGAACGCUCUUGCAUGCUUUGUGUGGCUUGUCUUUUUUUUGUUCUCUACUUUUCACAUCUUUGAUUAAUGAUUAAUGAUGUCACUUUCAGCGUUUAGCGUUUGUGUAUAAAUCACCGACACCCCUCCCCCUGGUGGGGUGUAAGCAUCUCUGUUGUGAACUUAACAAAGCUUGUGAUAAGCUCUAACUAACACAUAUUUCAUGCGUGCGUCGUGCCUGCUGGGAAUCGGCGUCUGUCUGUGUAAUGACACUGUGUGUGUGUGUGUGUGUGUGUGUGUGUGUGUGUGCAGUCGUGCUGUGGGUUGGCAGGCGGGUGGGGUAUUAAAAGGGAAAUGGAUGUAAUUGUCGGUUAUGUGAUUAUCUCCGAGCGCGAUUAAUUUAGGAUGUGGUUUUGGGGGGGUCUGAUGUCUUCCCCACUGACCAAUCUGACAGCGACCUCGACAAGAGCCGGACUGAUGGAGGCAUCUCGCACCUUUUAAUUGGCUCUGGGAUUCAGGCAAAGACACUGUUAAAUGGAGCUGACUGUUGCCUUCAGCUGGGUGGUUUUCAGGCCGUCGGGGUGUGAUUUGUGCUUCAGUGACGCUGUGUUGUUAGCAGGCAGAAACCUUGUGGCUUCGUUCUUAGCAGCAGUUUUUGUUUUGUUCUCUUUCUUUAUGAUGAUCCCGCGUUUCCUCGCAGCUUGACAAAACAUUCACGGAUCAUGAAACCCUUUAAGAUGCACCCUAAACUUGAAAAGUUGCCGUUCGAUAUUAGCAGAGAAGCGACUGUGGUCAUGAGUGGCGUCGUGUGGCUGACUCCAUGUUUCACUGUGACGCGUCGCUCCGAUGGGAACGCAAGUUCCAGGAUGUUCGCGUCUGCUUCGGAGCGGCGACGAAACCAGACGACCACAGAAGACAACCAUGAAGAAACCUCAAAUUAUCAGCGAAAGAGCAAAACGUAUCCUAAAAAUGUUCCUCAGUGAAGAAAUGGGAACAAAAAACUAAGAUGUCCUCAACUCAUCUAAUGUAAAUAAUAGCUUAAAGGAACAGUUCCAGAUUUUUGGAAAAUACGGUUAUUAUUUCUCGCCAAGAUUUAAUAUUGAUAUUAAUCUCAUGUUUGCACAGUAAAUAUUAGAGAUGAGUGCGUAGUUGGCUAAGAUGAGUAUCAUCUCACUAACACAAAUAGAGCAACUUGUCAUUAGUUAACAGCACACAGUUGGCUCCGGUCCACUUUAAGCCCCACCCACUCAAGCUUAACUUAGCUUAGCAUAAAAACUGGAAACGUGGGGUGAAGCCAUUUCAACCUGCUUCCUCUCGCUAUGCUAAGCUAACUUCUCAUCUAACUCUUAGCAAGAAAGCAAAUAAUCGUAUUUCACAAGAUAUCAAAGUGAAUCAGUUUGAGCUUGUUUGGUGUCUCACCCCACGUCAGGAUGAUAAGACAGACGUGACUUUUAUCCUGUUGGAGCUUUUACCUGUUUUACCUGUUUAGCGUUGGCCACAGCUAUGCUAGCAGUUUGCUCCUGUUUCCAGGCUUCUGAGCAUGUUUCAAGCAUUUGACUGUGGGCAAGACAACAAACUGUCAGACUGUUCCUUUAAGGUUAAACAAAGGUGAUGUAACUGUCUUUAUAUGUGAAUUGUGUGCCAAAGUGUCUGACUCGACCAUUUAAAAAGAUGAAGUUCAAGAAGUAAUUUUCUUUGCUAAAACUCAUUAUCCAAACAUUCUGCUUUGGAGGAGAUUUAAAUGUUCAAAUGUUGAGCUUGUCCCGAGUCCUUUCACUAAGACUGUAAGACUGUUUAUUUGCCACCACAGGGGCCUCGUUACAGAAACCCUCUGGGUCUCAAAUCUUAACUCAGUGGAGGAAGACAUGUAGGAUAUUUGGCAUUACAGAAACACUUAACCGCUUUUCCGGUUGGAAUUUAGCUGCGACCAAAGACUUUGCUAAGUUAGGACGACCGUAAAGCGACGACGUGAAGGUGGCGAACAACACGAACUCUGACGUUUUGAAUAUUAUAUAUCAUUCGACAUGCGUGUGAAUAAACAGCAACUUCUACUUUCUUAUGAUAAGACACACGAGGUCUGAGCCACAAGUUUGCUUCUGUAACGGGAAUCUUUGUCACUUAAGACAAACAGUGUGGACAUUUGUCUGUAAUGAGGCCCCAGGACUUUCCUUCUCCCAUAAUCUUAAGUUGAAUGUCAUUUGUUUUCUUUCUGUCUGUGAUUUCAGUGUGAGUCCGUCCCUUAUCCUGCACUCCUGUGAGGACUGUAAUCCGUGUCAUUAGUUUCAGUAGGUCCACAGUGUUCACCUCUCGCACUCGUUCACACAUGGACGCACACUGAUGCAUGGCCUCAUGUUUGGCACAGACGAAACCAAACCCAUUACCGCCGCCGCCGCCGCCGUAAUGAGACAGUGAGUUAUGAACGACACAGAGGGGGUUUAACAAGUGCCUGAAAAAAACAACCUUCUUCUACUGUGCUUUGGAUACUUUGAAUACUGCCCGACUGUUUCAGUACCUUUUCCUUAAGCGUCGCUGUUUUGUUUUGUUUUGUUUUUCUUAAGAAAAAGCUUCGUGUCUUUUCUCUGCUUAGUGUGGGAAAGCGAGGGAGGCAGCGUGGGGGGUGGAGGACGGUGGAGGACCAGUAUCUCCUGUGUAUCAUGGCCUUCUGGUGAGGUUCGAGUCUCAUGACGCGACCGACUCGCCGCCUUCGCUCGCCUGCUCUUGGGGGUUCAGUUUUAGGCAGAGUAGUGUCAAACAGUAGACACGACAACAUUCGCAUUCAAGCAUUUGUGAAACGGCCUGUUUUGAUUUUCAGCAACAGCAGGAGGGGGAAGACGAAACGGUUCAGGUCCCACAUUAUGUAGCCGUCGCAAAGUUAUUUUCAGGUCAGUUUUGAUUUAUUUAUGUGACAUGCAUUGUCAUGUGCUGCUGCCUCAGUGCUGACCAGGAAAAAACAAUCCGUCUCCUGCAAGUCCUCCCACCGCAGGAAGUGAAAUACUGGAAUCCGACUGGCUGACGGCAGCAGCUCUGGGGCAAACCAGGUGUGUGAAGGCUUUUCUGGUUCAGCUGCUGAUUGGAUGGAAUCCAGUAACUGCUAAUAAAACCCAAUCAGGGCCGUUGAUGACACGUCUAACGAGUUCACCUGAAAGCUUCACUUGUGUACACAUCAGAUCUUUAAACUGAAACUGGAUAC